GCAUUCAGGUCUAUCGCAGUCGUCACCGUAGAAACAAACUCCAAAUCGCUCUGUCGCUGCUGCCAUUGCUCCGUCUCCGCCGCCAUCACUCCGCCGCCGCUGCCAUCUCUCCGUCGCCGCCGCCAUCGCUCUGUCUGUUACUGGGGACGGCUGUGCAGAGUGUAUAUUGCUUGGGAGAUGAAGGCUAAAAGAAGAUAUGCUGAUUAAAUAAGCAGAUUAAGAAAAACCCAAGACCCGCCUAUAUCUCACUACAAAUAUGGACAAUGUGGAAUAAUGUUUGGAAUUCUGAAGAGGGCAAGAAGAAAACAGAAUCGGCUAAGAAAAAUAGACGUGGAGGAGUUUUAAAUGGAGUUGCUCAAUCUACCCAUACCACAGGAUCAACACCUCACGUAAAAGUUGCAGCUCAACUUGAAGGACAAUUGGGUCAUUAUCCAUCAUAUUAUGAACUGUUCAAGCAUACACAUACAAAACAACACGAUGGGCAAACAUUCAUAGUUGAAAAGGCCAAACAAAUUCAUGAACAAGUUGAAUCGCAAAGGGAGAUGUUGACACAAAAUGGGGAGCAAGUGGAUGAUAAUUAGUUAUACUAUGAUGCGGUUGGUGGACAUGACAAGAAAAGAAGAAUUUAUGGACUUGGUUCAUAUGGUUGUUCUGUUGUUAAUGAUCAAUCUAGUGAUAACACUUCCAGCAAUAUGACUCCAACAUCUCGACCACCCGACAAUGCUACUUCUACAAAUGUACAAGAUGAAAUUCAGAGUUUGAAGGCUACUAUUCUCCUUAUGCAAGAACGACUUGAUGCUAUUGAUGGCGGGAGAGUGGGUACUUCAUCAUCACCUCCAUCUCAAACCAAUUGAUUUCCAUGUGGAUUGUUGUUUUUGAAGACUAUUACAUUGUUGUUUAGACUUAAAUUGACUAUUAUUAUGUAUUAAAUGUGGAUUGAUAAUGUAUUGAUACUUGAAGUUAAUUUGGAUUGAUAAUAUUUUUAAAUUAUGUUAUAUAUUAUUUUACAA